AUGGCAGCGAGUGUAGCGCCGGUCAUGAAUCCGCCGCAGGGGAGCGACGAGCGGGUUGUUUUCACACAGCUAAAGCCGGUGAGGAUGUCCGGAGCAACGGACGGUGCCGAGGACUCAUCCGUGUUUGAGGACGUUAAACCCGGGGCCCAGUUGGAAAUGGACAAAUACCUCCCCCAAAUCACCAACUCACUCUUGAGUCCCGCCAUCGAUCUGAGUGACAAGAAGUACAGGCGGGAAAGUGCCUCAGUGGUGGACGAAUACUUUUCUGAGGACAAGCCGGGCACGCCGUACAGCCUCAACAUCAACGUCAUACUCCCCAGCUCCUCCCACCUUCGCACGGGACUCUACCGCCACAACUCCAAAACCCUGGCCCCCUCGCAGAUCAAGACGGAGCCCGGACUGGAGGUACCCUGCUCCUCUGCCAGCACCCAGGCCCUGCCGGAUUUCACCUCUGUUUUCAACGUGCCGCCUGCAGUCAACGGUGUUUUCGUCAAGCCGGAUCUGAGCUCUGGGUCCGUCGGCCUUUCUGGCGGGUCGCAGCAACAGCAGAGUUUGGACACGGAGCUUCAAAUCGGACCCCCCGCACCCCAGCCGCAGGUCUAUCACUUGCCAGUCAACAGCACAGCGGACCUCACCAUGACUCUAUCGUACUCCGGACCUUCGACAUCUGGCUCUCGGACCAUGCUGAAUCUCGGGAACGGCAGUAAUGGGGGCUCCUACAUGUUGGUCGAACACCAGAUGGGGGCACACCACGGUUACUACCAGCCAUCAGCCACCCAGCAUACGGCUCCCCACAGCCUGCCGCCCUCACCCCCGAACUCGCAACCAGGGAGCCCUGAAGCUCAGGCCGAACUGCUGAGUUUGGCCAGCCAGCCGCCACCCCCGUACCAACAGCAUCUGGUGAGCGGGAUCAAAGUGACGGGGCUGUCCCCGCACGCCUUGCUGAUGACACACGGCCAGGGUGUCCUGACGGGGCCCAAAUACAACCGAAGGAACAACCCGGAGCUAGAGAAGAGGAGGAUUCAUUUCUGCGACUACCCAGGCUGCACAAAGGUUUACACAAAGAGCUCACAUCUGAAGGCACAUCAGAGGACGCAUACAGGCGAGAAGCCGUACCGCUGCACGUGGGAGAACUGCGACUGGCGCUUCGCCCGUUCCGACGAGCUAACCCGACACUACCGCAAACACACGGGCGCCAAACCCUUCAAGUGCGUGGCCUGCAGCCGAUGCUUCUCGCGCUCCGACCACCUGGCCCUGCACAUGAAGCGCCACCAGAACUGA